GGGGGGAAAAUGAACGAAAUCAAAGAGAGUCUACGGAACAUUGAGCAGACGUACAAGAUCUUCCAGCAACAGCAGUUCACCUUCAUAGCGGCUCUGGAACAUACCCGAGAGAAUGCCCACGACAAGAUCAAGCCUGUGACUAGCAUUGGGCAGGUGCAGACCUACAUGGACCACCACUGCAACAACACGACGGACAAGCGCAUCCUCCUCAUGUUCCUCAACAUCUGCAGUGACUUGCACAAGCUCUGCCAGAGGCUGGAGUCUCUUCACUCUGGGAACAGCACCACCAACACCCUGCUGGAGAAAUGCAAGAUGCUGGUGAGCCACAGCAAUGACCUCAGCGCCAUCCGCGCCAAGUACCCGCACGACGUGGUGAACCACCUCAGCUGCGACGAAGCCCGAAACCACUACGGGGGCGUGGUGAGCCUCAUUCCCAUCAUCUUGGACUGCAUGAAGGAGUGGGUGGCCCACAGCGAGAAGCUCCCACGGAACAUGAUACAGAGUGUGAGUGGCAAGCAGGCCAGCCCCGAGAUUUGGGCGGCCAAGUCCUGCAGGCCGGGUGCGGCAGGAACGGGGCUCGCUGCCUCUUGCCAGCCCACCUUCCUCACGGCGGCCACUCAGACCUCGCUUAGUUUGACAAACCCGCCCCGGGACGGUAGGCGGGUUCAGAGAAAGCCGCAGGUGGGCCUGGGGAGGACGGUCGGCAAGCUUCUCGACGGGCCUUGGAAGCCGCCUGGUAGGCACGCCUUUUAA